AUGACGGCGAGCCGUCAGACGCCAUACAAGGGACCAUGGACUCAGCGAGCUAUCGCCGCAGAUGAGUGGUUGGGCCGGAACAAGGUGGUCGCUUCGGCAACGACAGCAUCCCUGCUAUCGACGUUUGCCGGCUUCCCCCUCGACUCGCUCAAAUCCCGCCUGCAAUCCUCACGCGAGUCUUCAUCCCUAUUCCGUCUCGCCGCUGGCGUCAUCAGAGAGGAAGGAGUGGGCGGACUCUGGCGAGGCUUUCCUUUACCGCUCAUCACCAUCUCGAUUGUCCGGACCAUCUCAUUCACUAUCUACACGUCUACCAAGCGGAUACUCAAUGCUUCCCCGGAAACUACGGGACCCCCACUAUCAGCGGGAGAAGUCGCGGAUGUAGCUGGAGAUAGGAGGCAGGCCGAGAACAAGCGGCGACGGUGGAUCGAUGUCCAGCUUGGUCUGUUUCAUCAGGACACGGCUCGCGAUGUGGCCAUCACUAGCUUGAUUGCUGGAGGUGCUAGCGGGGCGGUGGUCUGCUUGGGAAGCGCUCCGUUUGAGUUGGUCAAGGUUCGGCGUCAGCUGGAAUACCAGAUCUACCGAGACACCCACCCUCAAUUCUAUGCCCCGACCCCGCCAAACUCUUCUCUCCAUCCACCUCCGAACCACUCCCUCCCGCAACAUCCAGCCGGCACAUCCGCCUCCAUACCGCAAAACCACGCUCCUCCUCUCCCCGCAUCUAUCGCUUCCUCGACCUCAUCCUCUGCUGGCCCCCGCCCUCCACCUUUCCGCCCACCCACAACGCUCGAAGCCGUCCGUCUCAUAGUCCAGAAGUCCGGUCCCGGCGGGCUAUAUACUGGCUUCCGCCUCCACUUCGUGCGGGACAGCUUGGGAACUGCGCUCUACUUUGCAGAGUACGAUGUGCUCCGGUUCUUGCUGGGGAGAAAGACGGGCGGGGAUAGUAAAGGCCAAGGAAGGAAGGGAGAAGGGGAGCAAGGAGAUCUGCCGGAUUGGGCGAAGGGAUGGUUGCCGAAGGGACUGGUGCCGUUCCUAUGUGGAAGUGUAGCGGGGGUGACAAGCUGGGCGCUCAUCUAUCCUGUCGAUGCUAUCAAGACCAAGGCGCAACAACGUGCUUUAUCGGGUCUUGAACCCCGCACGCCCCUUGUCCAAAUCAAGCGUCUAGUAAGAGGGGUGGAUACGGCUAACCCUAAGCCCAUAUUGGCAGGUAUCGCUCGUCUAUACAGAGGGCUUGGGGUAUCAAUGAUCCGCUCGAUGCUCACACACGGACUGCUUUGGACAAUCGUCGACGCCGCUGGAACGUGGAUUGAUACUCGACCCAUGGAGCGGCUAGCCGGGCACUACGAAGGGGAUAUCGAUAGAUAG